ACAAGAGUGAAGAAAUAAUCCGAAGACACCGUUUAGAAUCCUUUCUUUUAGCGAAUCAGAAAGAAUUUUACACGAAAGAAGAUUUGUAGAAGAGUAAAGAAGCUAGAUCUUGUAACCUAGGCAAAAUCGAAUUUAGGUUACAAAAACAAGGCAUCUCUUGGAGCAUGAAAAAUUUUUUUGAAGUAAGAACCUGUGCAAGAUUUUUAACAGAGAUAAAGAAAUUGUAUUUAGAAAUUCACCAGGCCUCAUUUUCCUUUCGACAUUCUGAAUAAGAAGACUUCAAUAGAAGGUCUUUACGAGUGAAAGUCACUAGCUGUAAUUUGAAGAAAGCAUUCAUUCUUUGUGAGUCAUGUUUGCUCAUUGCCAGGAAGAGCAGCCGUCGGAGGGCGCUGUCAGUGCCUGAGUGAAGCAGCCGAUCGAAGACGGACGAACACCCUCCUUUCUCAGUGUGCCCUCCCUCAGAACGGAAAACGCCCUGCCGCCCCACUAGACGCUCUUCGGACAUCGGAAAUACACAUUCAGGCAGACAACCCCUCUCUCUACUGGUCCCCCGAUGCGUCGCGUCGGAUGAAACGCUCCGAUUGAGACACUUCGUGCGAAGGGGGAAUAGUCGAACACCGCUCGGCCGCAACAGGUAGUCAGAAAAAUUUAUUAACCAUGGCAGAAGAAGACUUCAGUAACUUCUCAUAUUUCUGCAACACUCCAGGAGAUUUAGCCAAUUUCAGCGAUUUCAAUUUCACCGACUGUAAUUUCACAUGGGCGGACAUGCGACCACCCUAUAUCGUAGUCGAAUUUGCGAAGAUACUAUACGGCAUAGUAUUUCUGGUCGGCUUGUGCGGAAAUUCUCUGGUCAUCUAUGUCGUUCUGCGCUUCUCUAAAAUGCAGACAGUGACAAAUAUGUAUAUAUUCAACCUGGCCCUGGCAGAUGAGAUGUUUUUGACCGGUCUUCCCUUUUUGAUAGCGACAAUGACGUUCAACUACUGGCCGUUCGGUAGGCUCAUGUGCAAGGUGUACAUGACGACAACUUCCAUUAAUCAGUUCACAAGCAGUUUGCUUCUGACUGUGAUGAGCGCCGAUCGGUACGUAGCAGUUUGUCAUCCGAUAUCUUCUCCACGGUACCGCACUCCCUUUAUCGCAAAGUUUAUCUGUCUGACGGCAUGGACUGUCUCUGCACUCCUUAUGGUCCCCAUCUACAUAUACGCUAACAUCCUUGAGAAUGGAUCUACUAUGUCUUGCAACAUCUACUGGCCGGAGAGCGCCUUUAUGAAUGGGCAGAAGGCAUUCACCCUGUAUUCGUUCACCUUGGGGUUUGCCAUUCCUCUGGUCCUGAUUCUGCUCUUCUAUUUUUUGGUCAUCUGUAAACUCCGUACAGUUGGACCAAAGAAUCGCUCGAAGGAAAAGAAACGUUCUCAUCGUAAGGUAACGUAUCUAGUGCUGACCGUCAUCACCGUUUAUGUUAUCUGCUGGUUGCCGUACUGGAUAACUCAGGUCUACAUUACUCUUCUGCCACCAAUGAAGCGACAAAGUCAUCUGGGUUUAACCAUUAUUCUGCUAGCUGGUUGUCUGUCCUACGCUAACUCGGCCAUGAAUCCUAUUCUGUACGCCUUUUUGAGUGAUAACUUCAAGAAGAGUUUUGCCAAAGCAUUCACUUGCGCUGCUCGCAUGGAAGUAAAUGCUCAGCUCAACGCGGAGAACAGCGUCUUUCCACCAAAGCACACUCGCAGUGGUUCAUCCAAAGCUCAACUGAAUAGAGAGCAGAAGCCAAGAAAUGAGCUGGAGCCUUCCACCGCUAUUACUUUAACAUCCAGAUCAAAUAUUGCAGUAUCCAGUGAUAAAGAAAUUUCCGUGCGCAAUGGUUUUAACAAGCAACAGGUCGAAAGCGAGCCAACUCAAGUGUAAAAACUCUGUUGUUGAUUAAAAGCAUUGUUUAAUCUUCAAAAAGGCACAAUUGAGUGAAGAUAAUAGGCGAUAUUACUUUGUUUGAGUUUCGUAUUUCAAAAUUGACUGUCUAAUUCAAACCAAAAACGAUCACAUGAUGUAAUGCAAGACAUUUAUCGUUCGUAGUACAUCAUUUAUAACAGGGACUCAAAUUAAGACGAGCUUCUUACAUAUAGUGAACUAUUCAGAAUAUAUAUAUCACACGAGUACGUUCAUGAUAUUUUAUAUAAAGAAGACUUUUAAAGCAUUUCUUUGAAUGAUAGAACUGUUUAACGAACUUUAGCGUUAAUUUUCGCCAGAUUUGACCGAUUAAAAUGAACGAUGACUGUUAUUCAGUUCAAUAACCGCCAAGAGAGACAAAACUUUAUAAUACAUUUGCAAAAUUUGACUUUACACCAGACAUUUAUUCCACUGGUUAUAUGAAUGUUGGAGUUCACUGCUACAGCACCCACGAAAUAGACUAGAUGUUUCUUACUUUUGCUCAGGUGCUACAUGUUUAUUAUCUGCAAACAGGACAGAAAAGACAACUUGUGACUUGACUUAUGCUGCAUGUAAUUAGUUAGUGAUUUUCAUUAAUUUUUUGACAAACAAGCUCAAGCUUAUUCAUGGGCUCAUUUUUCAUCUUAUUCUUAUUUCAUAUGUCAAUAGCUGGAUAAUGCUGGAGGAGCGAGAUGUCUGUAAGUCGUUAUGCUUUAUCUAAUUUUUUUAACGCUCUCUCUAUAAUUCUUAAACAUCUAUAGGCACGAUUCAUUUUUCACGCAAUUUAGCAUUUAUCAUAAUAUACCGAGUGUAAAUAUAUUAAAUGUUGCGUUUCUGUAUAUGAUAUAUAUAUGUCUAUGGUUGCUAUUGGAUAUAUGGCAUAUUCUGAAAACAAAAUUGCUCACAUAGUUAAAUAUAUAUUACACUAUUGUUACUUGUAUAGCUGAGAGCCAUUAUAAUAUUACUAGUUUUAGUAAUCCCGAAUCCUCCACAGAACUUUACACUUCUCUCAGACGCUUUCUAUUCUAUAAACUGUCUGAAAACGUACAACUAAUAAUCUGCAUUUUAAGAAUUUGUAAUUUAUGAUUUUUUGUAUAUGAAGACACUUUUCUGACUAUUUAGAAUUAUCUGUGCGCAUUAGAGGCAUAAGUAUUUUUAUAAAAUUUGUUAAUAAGUUUUUAAUUAUUGAUUUCGGAAAUCUUUAAAUUUUUAUAAGUGAGGAUUGAUAUUUGUCUUACUAAAAAAAACUGAAUUUGAUACUAAAUAAUACUUUAGUUUGUGUAAAGAAUUUACAGAAUAAGUUUCUAUUAAAAUCUGUUACAAAGAAGGAAAAAUUGAUAUAAUUAAAAUUUACAAAGCCAUUAAAAUAUUUUAAUUUUUGAAGGAAUUAUUUAUUAUACACCAAAUUCUUCUAUCUAUAUUAUGUCAGGAAAAUAUUCAAUGCUAAUAUUUUGUUAGAUAGAAUGUAAUGUACUUGAUUUAAGAUUGUUAUUAUAAAAUAUUGUGUAUUUCCAUAUCACAAGAUGUUGCUAAGUAUGCAGCAUUUAUGAAUGUGUUGAACUGUACAUGAAAUACACUUUAUUGUGGGU